CCAUCGCGGAAAUACCACCGCAUAUUUCAUCGUAAAACGAUGUUCAAUUAUUCUAGUUUAUUUCGCAAUCGGUGGUUUUAGUGCUUGACUUCAUAUUUUGUUUACAUUUAAUGAUUAAAUUGUCUUGUUAUUUCAAGGUUAUGACAUCAUAUUUACAUUAAGCCAAAAGUGUUGCUUUUUCUUCAAAAUGGGUAAGCGAAAUAAUAUGAUCCCAAAUGGCCAUUUCCAUAAGGAUUGGCAACGGUUUGUCAAGACUUGGUUCAAUCAGCCAGCUAGAAAAUAUAGAAGGAAGACGAAUCGCGUCAAGAAAGCCCGAACAGUUGCUCCACGACCGGUCAAGCUGCUCAAACCAGUAGUACAUUGUCCAACAAUCCGUUAUCAUGCUAAGGUGCGAGCAGGCAAGGGAUUCACUCUCGCAGAAUUGAAAACUGCUGGUCUCCACAAAAAUUUCGCAAGGACAAUCGGUAUUUCUGUUGAUCCAAGGAGAAGGAACAAGUCUGUCGAGUCGCUCCAACAAAACGCACAGAGACUCAAGGAGUACAAAUCUAAAUUGAUUUUGUUUCCAUUGAACGAUAAAAAGAUAAAGAAGGGAGAAGCUACACCAGAGGAAUGCAAGGUAGCCUCUCAAGUAAAGGGAGAAGUCAUGCCACAGGGACUACAUCAGGCCGGAGCCAAGGCAAAGGCUCGUGUGAUUACCGAGGAGGAGCGUAAAUUCAAUGCUUACAUUACCCUCCGUAAAGCCAGGGCUGAUGCCAGGUUAGUUGGCAUUAGGGCUAAACGUGUCAAGGAUGCUGCCGAGAAUCCAGAUGAUGUAACGAAACUCGCAGCAAAAGACAAAAAAGCUAAGAAGUAAAUAUGUAUAGAAAAAGUAAUAAAUGGAAUAUUUGUUCAA